AUGUCGGUGUUCGUUCUGUUCAAAUGCAGGGAAAGACAACCAUCAACGGAUGAAAGCAGGCAGCACAAGAGUGUUUGGGCUCAUUGCCGAGUCAAGCAGAAAGAAAGGCCCAAUACUAUGGCUGGAAAGGCCCAUGUCAAGCCAGCCCAUUCUUUAAAAAAAAAUUUCAAAGUAGAGGUCGUAGAAACUAGAACCCUACACCGGCUAGAGCCGCACAACAUUCGUCCUUCGGAUUUUACGGUUACUUACAGUUUUUGUUGUGUCUUCGAGGAGGGAGGAGAAGUGGCGGCUGCAACCGUUGCUUCCAUGGCUUCACAUUAUCAAAGUCAAUGGGAAUUCAGCUGUGUUUUUGCCUGCAGUGACUUUGAAGUAGAUUUUCAGUCGCAAGAGAAUGCUUCAAUUGUCUAUGCUGCGUUAGCCGUUGAUAAGGAGUUGCAACCAGAUAAGGUUCAAAGGCAAAUGACAGUCUCUGAUGGGAAGCUUUCAGUUCACUUUGAGGCAGUGGAGGCAAGAUUUCUUCGUGCGUCGUUGUCAGCUUUGGUUGACGUCCUUACGCUUGCUACAAAAACACUUGAAGAAUUUGGUCAGAAAAUGGCAUCGUGAUGAGCAAUUAUAAACUUAACUAAUCAGUGGCUGGCUCUCCUCUUAUUGUGAAAUGAACGACUCCAUUAUUGUUCCUAAGCUCAUUUCAUACAUAUAUUUGCUUAUUCGGUUAUUCCCAAUUAAAUUGUCAAUAAAUAAAUAGCCCUAAAAAUAAUUGCAUCCCGAACAGUAGGAAUUGUUAAUAAUGACUCCAAUAAUAGUUGGAUGACAUGUAUGAAGAACCAUAAAAACAGACUAGUAAAGAUUCAAUACAAAGAACACUCUCUCUCUGACUCCAUAUCGAUCGGUAGACAGGUUAUGCAACACUUGCAAAGAAAUAUAAAGAUACACAAUGAGAUUAAUCCGUUGUAGAGAAAACUAAAAUGUAAAGAAGUAAGAAAAUAAUAAUUGAGUAUC